UUAAAUCCACGAUAACGGGAAGCUGCGUAAACGAUAUCUUUGCAAUACGAAGUGCAUUUUGCUCCGUAAAAGUGACUGUCCAUCGAGGAGAUAUGAUUGCGCAUUGGUGUUUUGUCUCGCUGUUAUGUUAUGGAUUCGUCGUUCAAACAAACAGUCUAUUUCGCACACGUGGACUGUUCCCUCCGAGAAACGAUCCCAAUUUACUGGUCGAAGAUAAAGUAAGACAGAGUGGCUAUCCCUUUGAACUUCACCACGUAACAACUAAAGAUGGGUACAUAUUGGCUGUCCAUCGGAUACCCAAUCGUUCCAAUAAAACGAUUGAGAAUCAUCGAGUGGUGUUGAUCAUGCACGGAUUGUUGGGAUGCUCAAUGGAUUGGCUGAUAACGGGUCGAAAUCGAUCAAUCGCUUAUCUUCUGGCUGACAAUGGUUACGACGUGUGGCUUGGUAAUUCCCGUGGAACCACGAACUCGAAGAACCACACAAUUCUUUCCAUACAAAACGCUCAAUUCUGGGACUUCAGCUGGCACGAGAUGGGGAUGUACGAUUUGCCCGCUAUGAUAGACUAUAUAUUGUACCAAACCGGCCAACAGCAGCUGUUCUACGUAGGCUUUUCUCAAGGAACAACGCAAUUUUGGGUUCUUAUGUCCCUCAGGCCGGAAUACAACAAGAAAAUCAAGCUUAUGUCCGCUUUAGCCCCCGUGGGUUAUACCGGACACAUUCAAGGUCUGAUGAGACCCGCGAGUUUCUUCGCGAAUCUUUUUAAGGGAUUUUACAAGUUCACCGGAUAUUUCGAACUUUUCGCGAAUACAAGACUAGAGAAAUUUUUAACGUAUUCGUUGUGCCGAGAAGACGUUUUCACUCAACCCUUCUGCGAGCUGCUUGUACACAUGAUCGGAGGUUUCAGCGUCAACGAGACGGAUUACGCGCACAUGGCAGACUAUCUGCAGUUCGCGCCGGCGGGAUGCUCGUACAAGCAAUUGGUUCAUUAUGCGAUGGGCAUUCAAAAUCCAGGACAUUUUCGGCCUUACGAUUACGGCAUCCUAAAGAAUCUCAGAUUUUAUAAGCGAUUUGUACCGCCGGAGUACCCCGUGGAAAAGAUCACGGCCCCAGUGAUCUUGUAUAACGGCAUGAACGAUUUCUUGGCUCAUCCAAAUGACGUUGAGUUAUUGAACAGAAAAUUGCCGAAUAUCUUGGAGAAAUACACGGUGACGUUAAAGCGAUUGAAUCAUUUCGAUUUCGUAUACGGUCUACACAUACGAGAUCUCGUCUAUGAUCGUCUGAUCGAAAAGAUGAAUUCCAUACCGUAAAAAUACCAAUUUGAAUCGAACGCCUAACGAUCUUUGCGGGUCCAAGACGCAUGGGGUUGCUUCGGGAAAGACACGAACCACUUCACCUAUUUUCCAUCAACUUUAUUUCACGUUCGUCUUUCUUGUAAUCGUAUAAAUUUUGAUUACGUGUGCCUUGUUUUUUUUUUUUUUUUUUUU